ACGCAGCUCAUCACAGACCACCAGGCGCACCGGCAGCCCCCGUCUCUGCUGACUCAGUGCCUUAACAGCAGUCCCUUCUCCCUGUGAUACAGCAUCCAGCAACCAACGCGCUCUCCAACCUGCCCCGACAACAAUCUACAGAAAUGGCCAAGACCGCAAUCGCUUACAAAGAGAAGAUGAAGGAGAUUUCUGUUCUCUCACUCAUCUGCUCUUGUCUGUACCCCGAGACCCGCAAAAAUGUCAUGGGUGACUUUGAAGCAGACAUGGACAUCAAGCCCAUUAACAAGCGCGCCUCAGGCCAGGCCUUUGAGGUCAUCCUGAAGUCGCCCUCUCCUACGUCUGAAGCAGCCCACUGCAUCACCAGCCCCCCUAAGAGGGACAUUUCCCUGGAGGACAUCCAGAAGAAACUGGAGGCAGCUGAGGACCGAAGGAGAUCCCAGGAGGAGCAGAUACUUAGAAUCCUGGCUGAGAAAAGAGAGCAUGAGCGCGAGGUGCUGCUGAAGGCCAUGGAGGAAAACAGCAACUUCAGCCGCAUGGCCGAGGAGAAGCUCCAGCUGAAGAUGGAGCAAAUUGAGGAGAACAGGCAGGCCUACAUUGCUGCCAUGAUGGAGCGUCUGCAGGAGAAGGAGAAGCACGCCCAGGAGGUUCGCAGGAACAAGGAGCUGAGAGAAGAGUUGUUGCCAUAAGAAGCCCUAACAGCAUCUACAUCCCACUUCCACACCCUCUACCACCACCCCCAGCCCUGAGGAACACCUCCUUCCCCACCUUAUUCCACAUGUCCCCACCUCUCCACCUUUUUCCCUGCUAUACUCUCCCCCCCCCCCCCCAAGCCCCCAUAACGUUCUACUAUGAAACUACCAGGAGAUGCCACCCUGUGACGGCAGGAGGUUUGAAUGGGGAUGGGGGUGGAAAAUAAAAUUAAAAUUUAUAAAAAGAAAAACACAAAAAAAUGAAUGUCUCCUGCCAGUUCCUUCCAAAAAGAAUGUUUUUUCUCAAACGAGAAGAAAAAAAAUCAAUUUGACAAACAACAGUGGUUUUUUGUAAAUACUUUUUUUUUUGUUAUAUACAGUGCGAUACAAGCAGCAAAAGUAUUGGUUGCAGUGUGCCAUUUAUAUAGGUUUCUUCUCCCUGCAUAUAUAUGGAUGUAAUAAUCUGUUCAUUUUCAUAUUUUUGGUUGAUUUCAUCCUGAGAAUGUUUUUCUUUUUUAAGUUUCUCUCGUGUGUAACAGGCUUAGGUGUUUGUUGUGAGUUUGCCAGCUAGCUGAUGUUUUGCAGUGACUGCUUGCGUCCUCAUGAAGCCUGCAUGCUGGCUCCUUUCCCUUGGGCACUUACUCAUUUGACCCAGCAGAUCUGGAAGCAAAAUUGGAUCAAACUGAUUUUCCAUCCAGUUUUUGCCAAUUUUCCAAUUAGUAAGGGGACAUUUGCAGGAAAAUUGCCAGAAGGAAAGGGGACAGUUUGCCUCCUCCCUGUGGGGACUGCAAGCCGUUGCUGCAUAACCACUCCUGUGAAUAGGUAGUGACUGUAAUUGCAGGAGAACACUAUAGCAUUUAAUGAGCCCAUCUUCAUCUACCUUACCCCCCGCCUUCAUCUACCAAUAUACAUGUAUGCUGCAGAAGCAGUCACUUACACGCUCUCCACACAGGCGACUACAACACAGAGUAAACCAUGCCUGACUAAUGGCCUCAUUAUUUUCCUCAGCCUGCAGUUACAGUUCAGUCACUUGUUACUGUCUUGCAACACCAUUGAGGUUGAGGUGCAUCCUGAGUAUGCUGGUGUGCAAAAAAAAAAAAAUCAUUUACUACUGUGAAUUCACACUGGAGAAAAUACAGACAAGUCUCAACUUUCUCCCUUUCAUAAUAUUUAGAGCAUUUCUCUACAUCACCUACUGGAAUCAUUGCAUGUCACCCAAAGACACUGUAAAUUCAACUUAAAGGCCGGCACAAGGGAUAUAUUUAAGCCAUAACAGGCAUAACUGCGAUGAUGAUCCAUGAACAUAGUAUUUCCAUCUGUGAAAGUGUAUAUGAGUGUAUUGAAGGAUGCGAUUGUAACAGUGGGUGUUGAUGCCUGAAGUUGGACACUGUUGGUCACACACGCACAGUUGGCCCAUAGAUGUGUGUGAGUGAUUGUGUGAUUUCAGAAAGGGCGGGUAGUGUUUGUGCCAUGUGAUAUUGAUCUGGUUAGAUUAAAAACAAACAUUAAAGUGAGGAACAAUUGUCAGGACGUUCAACACAGACAGUGAGUAUCCUACUUUCCUCUCUUUCUCUUCUCUGUCCAUUUGUGUGUUUCCCCUCUCUUCCAUAUAUCUUUGUGAGCAAGCAGUGGUUAAUAAAGAUUUGGAAUUCAGUGACUGAAA